CUUGUGCCAUUUUGCGACAUGCCGCGUUUGCUCAUGGCAACGUUGUGUAUGUCGGGGGCGCUCAACGUCAUCUAUCGCUUGGGCGUCCAUGUUUUCUCCAACAACGUCGAGUUAAACGGCGCGAUCGCGUCGCGCUCGGUUCGCAUGUACCGUGGCAUCCAACCGUCCCCCGUCCCGUGCCCGGUCGGCAUGUACCGACCAGCAGGAAGUGGGGUGACCAUCACCGAAUGCCGCUUCUGUCCGCGCAGAGUGUACGGCAACCUGCCUGGACUCACGACCCCCACCUGCACGUCGCUCUGUCCAAAAGGCACGUACAACGACAGGCUAGGGGCGACAUCUAUCGACGACUGCCGGCCAUGUCCCAAGGGAACGUACGGGCAAUCGACCGGCAUGACGUCCAGGGUGUGCACGGCGCCGUGUCCGUAUGGGACGUACAGCAUGACGGAAGGCUUGAGCAGUGUCUCGAGUUGUAUUCCAUGUCCCGGGGACUACCGUGGCCCGAACGGACGUCGCGGCAACAAUCUGAAUGGGUUUGCCACGGGAGGCUACGUCUGCGACCGAUACUAUCAAGGCAAGGACGUUCCAACAGGACGCAACUCCAACUACCUCGCACGUAAAGUCGAUUGAGAGUGACGUUGUCUUUCGAUGAUGCAUGUCGACUCCACCAAGUCCUUUGUAAACUCUCGACCUUUCGAGACAAAGUUGUUUCUGCAUUAUUCGUCAUGAAAACGAGUUGGCAUGAUGAUG